CAUAGACAACACACUGUUGUCUCACCGGAGAUGAAUCAGAAUCCAAUCUUCUCAUUUACAACUGAUGUGUGUUGUCCCUGUAGAUGCAAUGACCAUGUAAGUCAGCUGCCCAUACGGUACCGUAGGUACCCCUUCUUAUUUGAUGGAAGCUCCCCUGUCUCCUGGUUUGGUUCCAUGCAUGGUCACGCACACAAAACAAGUCCAUUGAAUUUUGCAACUGAAGUCAAAUAGCUGAGACAAGCAAAGCAAAGCAAAGCAAAGCAAAGCAAACAAAACGCUUCAAGAAACAAGAAGCGUGGAGCAGGCUACUAGUAUCUGUACGGCAGAGGAUCCACCAUGGCACCAAUGCGCUUGUUUCAACGUGUCCUUGCACCACUGGCAUGUGCCUUGUUUGCUCUUGGUACCGGUAUCAGCCAACCACUGGACAUGAAGGAGACAAGCCGCUUCUUGUCGGGAUGGGAUUCUGUACUCCACCCGUACUUUUGUCAUGCAGAGACAUUUCUGCCAAUCAACCCGGGAGAUAUUGUCGUCGAACAGGGCAGUGUCGUGUCCAUUUGCUUUGAGGUUAUUGGGGGACAGUUCGAUGUAGACGACGUCCUCAGCUUGGUCGUCACAGACAUGGAAAAGGCUCAUCGCAACUCCCAAAACAUUGUCGUUGACGAUGUCGCAGAAGAUGGGUGGGCGGGAAAGUGGUGCACACCCAAAUCUACUACCACCACCACCAGUUUGCACACGUGUGUGGUCUCCUUUCUCUUGAAACCAGCUUUCUUUGACUAUGACAAGAUACAACUUACAGCAGAAGGAGCACUCGUCGUGGAACUCAAGCAGCAUGGGUCUCGUCGAAAACGAUUGCUUUCUUCCAACAUGCCUUCCUGGCAGCAACGGGCAUUGGUGGGGUCUACUGUAGCCACAUUCACCGUCGAACCAAUGACCUUCUCCAUGGUCAAGAACCCAGACUACGAAUACCCAGACGAGUCGUCCGCAGUAGCCACUACGACAAUCUACAGUGCGUUCGCUUGGGUCGUGAUGAAUAUAGCGGUGACACUACAGCUGCUGGGCCGAGUGUAAUAGAUACGUACCGUAAAGUGCCCUUCCGCACUGACUUGUUUCGAUGGUGCCGUUAUUACAAUGUCAUGUAGCCAACGAAGCCUUUCAUCUCAUUGAAAAUGUCGCCGCACCGCACGACAGAGCUAGUUGCCGGCGACCAAAAUGCAUGCUUACUUUGUUCUUACAUGUUAUAGAUUCUAUUGCUAGACCACAAGCACGCGUACCAAGUCAGUUCGUACUUGCGGUACCUGGUACCUGUCUUUCAGGGCGACCAAUUGGGUUCCAUUCUUUUAUAUUUGGC